AUGACGAGCACGGACGGCAGCCGUGCCGCUGCGUCGACGUUUACGCCACCUGUUGGCUACCGCGCGUGCGGCCUGGACGAUAUGGGCUCUAUGAGCGACAAGGAGCUGUGGGUCAUCCGUGUGCCGGAAGGCGUCGAUCCCGCGAGCCUCGAUGGCGUGACGAUCCCACGCGAGGCGCUCGCUAGCGAGCACGGCGUCCUGGCCUCGGUCGAGGUGCCGGGUGACGACACGUACGACGUGCUGGUCGCGACGCAGACGACGGCCGAGCGUGUGAACGAGGGCCCGUCGCAGCUGAUCGAGAUGGCAGGGCCGUCGGACGACCGCGUGCGCCUGGACCGCGAGUUUCUGCGCACCCCGAAGAGCGCCGGCGUGGCGAGCGAGCUCGUGAGCGUAUCGGCGCUGGUGCCGCGCAAGGGGUCGCUCCGCCUGGGUACGUUCUCCCUGCUUACCGCAGCGCCCAUUGCACGCCGCCUGUACAUGGCGCGGCAGGCGCCACGCGCCGCGCACCCGGACGCGGCGUCGACGCCGCGCCCGCGCGCCCAGCCGUGGGACCGCCUCAAAGGGACCUUGUAUGCGCCGCGGAAGGACACGACGGAAAAGAAGCGCAAGAAGGACACGGACGAGCCCAAGAAGAAGAAGAAGCAGAAGCAGUAG